UGGCCGGCUCGGCCGCCGGACCGGCCGGCAGUGCCGCCGCCAGCUCGUGCAGCAUCACCAAACUGCAGCAGCUCACCAACACCAUCAUGGACAUCGCGCCCGGCAACACCACCACGCCUCCGCCGGCCACGCCUCCGCCGGGCGGCGGCCACAGCAUGACGCCUCCGCCGCCGCGGCACGCCCACCUGGGCACCUACUACGGCGGCAAGCAGCCGGCCGGCUACGAGCGACGGCGCGCGCAGCGGGGCGCGGCGGCGGCGGCGGGCGCGGCGCCGGCUCCGGCGCCGCCGGCGCCGCCCGCCAUGCCGCCCGCCAUGAUGCCUUACUUGCCGCACCAUCAGAACGGCUACCACAGGAUGUCGCCGCAGCAGAUGACGCCGUACAUGGCCGGCGGCUUCAUGGGCGCUCCCAUGAUGGGCCACGUGAUGCCCGGCCACCAGGGCCAGUACGGGCCGCCGCCGCCGCACGCGCCGCCGUCGCACCCGCACGCGCCGCACGGCCACCACCACCCGGCCGCCGGCGGGCCGCAGGAGGCGGCCGCCCUUCAGCGAGGUCACCACCAGGGCAACAUGUAUCCGUACGGCUACGGCCUGGUGCAGCAGCUGAACAGUGGCGCCAUGCGACGGUGACCCGCGGAAAAGCGUCGCCGACGGCAGUAGCGUCGUCUGGCGGCCGUCACGCCAACUGCAACUGCGGCGCAGGUGGCGUCUGGGGCGAGUCCGGAGCCGUGCUGAGUUAUGAGCGUCUACUGGCCGGGCCCGCAGAGUGGCUGUGUCGGAGCUCGCCGGAGUAAACAAAUAACGAAGACCCGAGAUUGCUGCACCGGCCGCUCGAGUAUUUACGGCUGCGACUUCGAUCCGAGCGUGCUGCGUCGAAUGUAUAUUUUUGAUGAAGCUGCCCCGGCAGCGCGAGAGGCCCCUGUUUGCGUGCCCGGCGGCGAGAGCGAGACGCGUAGUAUGUGACUGACGGCGGAGCAGGGUCCCGAGUUCAAAUAUACUCCUGGCUUCUGUAGAAGCCGCAAUGUGAUAGACAUGCCAAGGAGCUGCAUACGUCCCGGUCUGGCUCGUCCUUGGAAAUGUUCUCAGCGUGCGCGUGUGCUCUUGGAUGCUCCCGGCGCGGGGAGGCAGUGUUAUGGAGACGGUUGUGAGCGGUAAUAGCUUUAGCACGUUACCUAGUAGCAAGACAUAAUAAACUCAUGCAAUUCUUUUCUGCAA